AACUGAUGGAAUUUGAAAAUAGAGUAUUUACAUUUUUUAAAUUGUUUUUACGGUGUCACAAAUACACUGCCAUAUCACAGCCUCUUUACAAAAUCCUCUUUAGCCCAUACAGUAACAGAUGAUGAGGCCUGUUGUUAGCCCAUUAGGCCAGUUUUUUUUAAGUUAAUUUGGUGAUAGUUUCACAGAUCUGACUUUGCUAGAUAGCCAACAGCAAAAUAAAGAAUGAAAAUGGUUUAUGGAGUGCUGAAUCAAGGUCACCGCACUUAUAAAGUCAUUCUCAGUUUACCAGACUGUAUUGUGUGUUGAAUCAUUAAUAAGUAAUAUAAGCCAUUGAUAAUCCCCACUGGUUUUCUUGGACUGCCCUGCACACCCACUCAAUCAUAAUGAUAUUUGUGACUUAAACAAUAAUAAAUACACAGUCUGUAAGGGGUUCUAUGAAAUUUCAUCCACCUGUCCAAAUCCAAAUAGCAAACAGUUUAGCCUCCUUGUCGCUCAUUAUGAGUAUAUAUUAUUAUGGCUUUUAAAUGGUAAAAAUGUAUUUUAUUAAUUGUUUUUAAUCACAGCUUUCAUUUUGUUAACUUUUCUUAAAUUGUUGUGCUUAUUGUUUGACUUUUUUGUUUUAUCAAAUAACUGCUCUUUGUUGUUGUUGUUGUUGUUGUUGUUACUUUUUCUCAUUUUUAUAUGAAGAUAUUAGGCUAUAUCAUAUUUUUGAAAAGUGAUACAAUAAAGUUAAUAUUACAUGAUAGGCACAAAGUUGUUCUUAUCAUUCCUAAUGGUAUAAUCUACAAAGGACUGUAAAGUUAUAACUGCUGUUCUGUUGUAGGCCUAAAAUUAGCCCUAAUAUAACACUGUAAUUGAGAAUAAUAGAUUGGGACCAUAGACUAAUUAUGCCUUUCUUUGACACCACAGGGGACAUCAUGUAUAAUCAGGUCCCUAAAUUCAUCAGUGAAUAGUUUUUAUUCAACACUUACAGUCAAGAUGUUUAAUGAAUCGAGCUACGGGUCAGGAAAAUUUCACAAUAGAAUUUAAAAUAAUUAAUAUUUUCCAAAACGUUUGAAUAAAUGCACAAUGGACAACUCGUGCUGCACAGACGGCUGCCUUCUUACGCAGACUCAAGUUCACUAAAAACAACAAAGCUGAAACCGGAUUUUACCUUUAAAAUAAAAGCGUCAAAUUAUUAUGUCAUAGAAAACACAUUGUCAUUCGUUAUGUCGUUAUAUUAAAGUGUUCGGUGUUAGUUUUAUUUUGGAGGGUUCAACCGGAACACCCACGUUUCAAAUUGCCUCACUUGUCACGUCGUCGCCAUUUUUGAUCCCCAAAUAAUAAAAACAAAUAUUUUGUUUUCGCGAAGAAAUUAUGAAAGUGUAACAAUCAAUUAACGUAUACUGGAAAUCAGCGUAAUUAACAGAUACUCGUUUGACAUCGUCGUUUUGAGAGCAUCACAGUGUUUCUCCUACCUGCCAGCAGAUGUCACUGGUGUAUCUUGGUCAGCAGCUGCUGGAGGCAGCGCGAGCUGGACAGGAUGAUGAUGUCAAAGCUCUGAUGGCCAAUGGGGCUCCUUUCACCACAGACUGGCUGGGCUCGUCGCCGCUGCAUCUCGCAGCCCAGUACGGUCAUCACUCCACCGCCAAGGUGCUGCUGCGUGCCGGCGUCAGCAGGGACGCCCGAACCAAGGUGGACAAGACCCCUCUUCACAUGGCCGCCUCAGAGGGUCACUCCAUCGUAGUGGACCUGUUAGUGCAGGGGCGCUGUGCAUCUGUGCAGAACGGCGCCGACAUCAACGCCAAAGACAUGCUGAAGAUGACUGCGCUGCACUGGGCAGCUCAGCAUGGCCACAGGGAGGUGGCCGAGCUCCUGCUGAGGUACGGAGCAGACAUCCACUGCCUCAGCAAGUUCGACAAGACGCCCUUCGACAUCGCCAUGGAUACCAGCGACACUGAGCUGAUGAUACUGUUACAGGACGGCAUGCAGAACCAGGUAAACAUCAACCCAGGGUCCCAUUACAUCAUCCCUGCUGGUGGGCUGGUCAACCUCUCAGAGCUGAUCACCACCACCAAGACCACUGCAGGCAAGUCAGAGGACGCCGUGGCUGCCGAGUCGGUGCAAACAACCAUUCAGCAUGUGGUGGGCGACAGUGGGCAGAGGGUCAUUACCAUAGUGACGGACCAACAUGGCAACCUGCAGCCAGCGGCCCUGGGCCAGCAGUUCAUCGUCACCCUGCAGGGGCAGCAGAUCGUGGCUUUGCCAGCCAGCGCAAUCGAAGAGGAGGUGGUGGUAGAGGAGCCUCAGCAGCCCACACCCACACGCAAGAGGAAGACAGACCCCGCAGCCAAUCACAGUAAUGUAAAAGACAAGAAGUUCAAAGAAAGUCGUGAGCAACUGGAGCGGCAGCUGCAGGAAGCCAAACUUAAGGCCCAGGAGUACCAGCAGCAGCUCCUACAGAAGGAGCAGGAGGCAGAGCAGUAUCGCCUCAAACUGGAGCAGGCCAUAGCCACCAGUAACAACGGCAUCGACAACGCCAUCACUGCAGCAACCGUUAACAGCGCUACAGUGAAGCAGGAGGAGGAGGUGCAGGUAGAGGAGCAGCUAGAGACAGAAGAGGUGAAAGAAGGGGAGAUGAAAGACACGGAGGAGGAAGUCAUCAGUAAACUUCCAGAAGAUGCAACUUUUGUGAAUGAGGGUGAGCUGGACGUGGAGGCUGAUGGUACAGAUGAAACACGCACGUCUUCCCCCUGUCGGCGAGGCCGUGGGAGAGGCAGACACUAGCUGUUUUGUGCUAAUCUAUUUAAUUGAUUUUAAUAAUCUUCUGUAAAAACAUAGGAAGAUUUUUGUAAAUAUGUCAAGGUUUUCAUGCUGCACAAACUUCAAGAGGACUUUAGUUUGAAGAAGAAAUAUUUCGGUUGGUUUAGCUUUCACCUCUUUGUGUUUCUUUUUUUUUAAGAUGAUCUUUUGGGGCAUUUUUGCUUUUAUUUGACAGUAACAGCUGCAGAGAUAGACAGGAAGGGCAGGAGAGAGAGGGGAUGACAUGCAGCAAAGGGCUGUGGGUUGGAAUCGAACCUGGGCCGCUGCGGUAAGAACUCAGCCUUAAUGAUCUGUGCUCUACCAUGUGAGCUACUGGGGCACCCCAGCCCUUGUGUUUCUUUUGGGAUCAUCUGUAAUUUCAUGACCAGACUCCCAACUGAAUGGUAGCUGAGCGUUUUUGUCCUUUACCUACAACUGCAAAUAUUACAUCCCAACAAGAGCAUAAGAGGAGAAGAGGUUACCCACAAAAACAGCAAAAGUAGACAAACUUGCCUGCCAGAAUUUUACAGACUACUAAGGUUAAGAGCAAGGUUAAGAACAUGACAUAUUUGCAUUGAUAUAGCAGAUUAAACUUUCAAUAAUUGUAGCCAUGUUGUGGGCCACAUAGGUGCUUGGGCACCUGGAGCAGAUGCACACCCUGACAGGUACAUUAAUGAUCCUCACAUCUUAUCAAUAAAACAACUCUUAAAUUUGCAUUUUUCUUUGACAUGGCAAACGUUACGUUACUGCUCCUAGCAAUAACAGCAAAUGGGACAGAUACAUCAGUCAUUACUGAUUGAUUAAGGCAAAAAAAAAAAUGUCACUAGAUGAGACCCCUUAUUAAAAAAUAUUCAUUUGUGGAGCUAAAACAGGUCAAAUGGAAACACAAUUUCAAGUUUUAGGUCAGCGAUGACAAGAAAUGAGGGGAGAGAGACACAGGGAUUGACAUGCAACAAAGACGUUGCGGUUCAUAGCGCCCAUCCCCUACACUACACCAGGGCACCCGACCAGAUUUAAUUUCAUGUUGCAUUCUCAUGUUGCUUCAGUACAGUACGUCUCCCUCCCACUGAAACAUUAGAACUACUACAGUUAGCAUCACUAGCUGUGGUUGCUAGUGCUUUGAAUUUACUGUAUGCUUAGCCUUUUGUUCCUUCAACCAUCCUUGCUUAGAGUGACAGUUAUAGUACUAGCAACAGAAUUCACAUUUAUAAAUGUGUAAAAAAAAACAAAAAAAAAAACUAAGCAAACUAAUUCCUCUAUGUCGCAUUAUUCUGUGUUGUAUUUUGUAAACUUUAAGUUAUUUUCAAGUAUUUGUGUACACCAUUUCUUCUGACAGGAUUUGUGAUGAGGGCCCUCAGACUGUGUCACUCGGUGAAUGGGUCUCAGUGGAGGUGCACAGUACGGACAAAGAUAAUCACGAAGCAAUUACAGUAAGAGCACUUCAUGCUCUCUUAUCCAGGGUGACCUACAGUGAGCAGAUAGGAACUCGCUGUUGUGCUCAAGGACACUUCAACAGAAUGCAUGCAGUUGAUGGACACGCCUUAUCUUUUCUGGGAAUCAAACUUGUGACCUUUAUGUUUUUAGAGCAGUCUCUUUAACUACUCAGCCACCGUCCACCCAGUUCUAUUGCUGUGUAUAAUGGGUUUAAUGUGAAUUACAACAAGAGAGAUCUGAAGAAACAAAAAGGGGGUGAAAAAUGACGUGUUGAUGUGAAUUCUUUGUCUACAUGAUGACAUGACAGGUUUCACACGUCUUUUGGGAGAUGCUCUCACUCUACGCACCAAAAUCAUGACUCCAUACGUGAAAGGGGUAUUUAACCUUUAAACGUGGCAGCAGUAUAGUGCCAUUAGAACAAAUUAAGGAGCAUGUUGGGGAUUUUGAGCCAAAACACAUUUGGUUAAGUGGCCAAAAGAAACUCUUUCUCUGCUAAAGAAAAAGCGCAGUCAUCAAUAACAUGAAUAUGAUUGCUUUUUUCUCAUUUUCCUUCUAAUUAUUGAAACCUUACAGAGAAAUUAUGAAGUGCCUCAGAGACUAAAAAGAGUGAUACUUCAUAAUUUUUUGAAGACAUUGCUAGUUUCUUAAAGGGGCACACCACUUAUUUUACACAUCAAAAUUAGUUCAAUAGUUAUGGGAAGAACUACUUAGCCUGUGAAAACACUUUAUUAUUUAUACUGUUUCCUGUUGUCAAAUCUGGGAAAAUAACCCCAAAUUAUGUCAUAGUGAUGUCAUCAGGGUCAUCUCAGUUUGGAUUUGGAGACUACAGAUAUAUAACAGGAAGCCUGCGUUACAAACUGGGGACUGAAGGCACCUAUACACUGUGUCAUAACAGCAAUCUUCACUUACUUACUCAGACCGUUCAUUUUGUUGAGUGGUUUUGUGGUUUGUUAUGGUUCAUGAUUUUUUUGUGUGCAAGAGUAAGAGUCACAACAUGUUUGAGACAUAAAAUGUAAAAAAUAGUAUUUAAUAAAGUUCAGUCGUUUUACAUUUUACAUUGGGGCAACUGUGGCUUACCUUACCUUCCAAUCGGAAAGUCGGCGGUUCAGUCCCGGCUUCCCCCAGCCCGCACGUCGAAGUGUCCUUGGGCAAGACACUGAACCCCAAAUUGCUCCCGAGGGCUGUGCCUUCGGUGUGUGUGAGUGCGUUACUUUCUUUCAGCUGAUGAGCAGUGUAUGAGUGUGUG